AAUGAUAUCUGCGGGGAGGGGCAAAGGGGUGAGGGGCUCUGCGACCGGAAGUGCGGCCGAACCGGAAGUGGCGGCCGGCGCGAUGGGGAUCGGCGGCAAAAUCAACCGGCCCCGAACGGAGCUGCGCAAGAAGCUCUUCAAGCGGCGGCGGGAGCGGGCGCGGGGGCGGCGGCAGAAGCGGCGGUCGGUGUCGGUCGCGGCGGUGUCGGCCCCGCUGUGGGGGAAGCGGCAGCGGAAGGAGCUGAAGCGGCUGCGGUGGGCGGCGCGCGGGGCGCUGAAGGCGGCGGCGACCGAGGGGAAGAGGCCGCGGGAGGAGGCGCCGAGCGGCGACGUGGAGAUGGCGGAGGCGGCAGCGGAGUGACCCCAGCGCCACCAGUGCCCCGUGCUGCCAUCGCCGGGGCCCCCUCGCUGUCCCCGGUGUCCGCGCCAGGGCCGCCGGAUUGUCCCCGGUGUCCCCAGUUUGCACCGGUGGCCCCAGUCCCCAGUCCCGUCCCAGUGUCCUCAGUCCCAGUGUCCCCAUUCCCAGUCCCAGUGUCCCAGUCCCGUCCCAGUGUCCCCAAUAAACGCGUUCUCUCCUCUCUG